GCCGUGGAAAAAAUCCAAAAUGGAGGAAAUAGGUAUCUCUGUGCAGAGUCAGGUUAGUUUGGUUUUUUCUCCUUUUUGCUUUGAUAUGUGAAAUUAUAGUUAAUUUAUUCACGUACUUUGAGAGCUAAUUAGUAGUUUUAGGGAGACCUAGGAUAAUUUCGAUGGAACUAUAGUUAAAAUUAGAGUUUUUCCUUUCUACUAUUUUUUGUCAUUGAGGAAAAGGUGCUUUGUCACGUUGCUUGUUGUCGUUGUACAAAAAGAUUUUGUAGAUUCGUUAUUGAAAUCCAGCCAAAUUCAGAACGCUUGAUUUAAACGCUUAAAGUCAUCAGAGUUUAUCGUUUUCAUUUGUAUUUAAUUUUUAUGUCUGACAAAAAUUAGUUAGGUCACCGAAAGCAAUUAAGUAAAAAGUUAAUUUUAGAAAACUGGUUCUUGUUUGUCCAAGUGUGCAAAUCAAGUUUGAAAUACUUUUGAACUGUUCUGUUCAGGAUUCAAGCAGACCAACAACUGCAGCAAGCAGUUCACUGUCUUCUGUCGACCCAGAUGUAGAUGACCUGUACACAAAAUACAAGAAACUUCAGGCCCAACUUGAAUUUUUAAAAGUCCAGGAAGAAUACAUAAAGGAUGAGCAGAAGAAUCUCAAAAAAGAGUUGCUACAUGCACAAGAAGAAGUAAAAAGAAUCCAGUCUGUUCCUUUGGUUAUUGGUCAGUUUCUUGAGGCUGUUGAUCAAAACACAGGAAUUGUUGGUUCUACUACAGGUAAGGCAUAUCCUCCUUUGAAAAUGAAGUUUUAACCAAAGCACAAACAUGUGUAACACUAGCUUCUUUAACUCCAGGUGAAUGGCAAUGUUGAAAUUGUCUCCAUUAUCUCAGAAAGCUGUGAUUGAGUUUUGGGUGUUUUACUCUGAAUUACUAUAGCCUUACUUACAGUGAAACCUUCUUAAACAUUCCAAGAAAAAUAAAAUUUGAACUAGAUGUAAUCCAAUAUUGAGUUCACUUUUGGCUUAAAUAUCUUUGUCUAUAGCUGAAGAAUUGAAGCAAAUAAUGAACUCAACUUUGAAAUAUUCAACUUUUAAAUUUUACUCCUCCAAGCAACAUAGAGCGGGUUUCACUGUAAGUGGAUUAUUUUUUUACAUUAGUUAUUAAUCUUUUGUUAUUGUUUCCCUCCAGGUUCCAAUUACUAUAUUCGCAUUCUCAGCACAAUUGAUCGUGAGCUGCUGAAACCAAGUGCCUCUGUAGCUCUUCACAAGCACUCUAAUGCUCUUGUUGAUGUCCUUCCCCCUGAGGCAGACAGUAGCAUAGCCAUGUUAACCGCUGAUGAAAAACCAAAUGUCGCUUACUCAGACAUAGGCGGGAUGGACAUUCAAAAGCAGGAAAUGCGAGAAGCGGUUGAACUUCCGCUGACGCAUUUCGAGCUUUACAAGCAAAUUGGAAUAGAUCCGCCAAGGGGUGUAUUGAUGUAUGGUCCUCCAGGAUGCGGCAAAACCAUGUUAGCAAAAGCAGUGGCCCAUCAUACCACAGCUGCUUUUAUUCGUGUUGUUGGUUCAGAGUUUGUUCAAAAGUAUCUUGGUGAAGGACCAAGAAUGGUCCGUGAUGUCUUCCGUUUAGCUAAAGAAAAUGCUCCGGCUAUAAUAUUCAUUGAUGAGAUUGAUGCAAUCGCUACCAAGAGAUUUGAUGCCCAGACGGGAGGUGAGAAAAUUGAUAUCAUUAGGUCGUCACUAAAUGCAUUAGUGAAAAGAAAGUCACUGCCUUUCGGUUAAGCUGUAUCUAGCAUGUACUACAUGUAGCUCAAAAGUUAAUCAACUAACCUGAAAAAAUUUUGACGCGCAGGAUUUAUUACAGUUCUUCUGUAAUUUGAAUUCCCCACAAAAUUUCAUUUGUCUGUCAGCAAGUUAAGAACAGAAUUAACUAAUCCAAUGGCAAUGUCCACUCAGUUUAGACACAACAGACACAACUUUGUUUGCACACUGGUCAUAAUCAUUUAAAUGUAAAGCAUUAAGACUUCAUUUUACAGCCUGUCAAAAUUGUGCAACCAUUUUUCAGAUGAGGUAAGGGAAGUUGAUUGCAACUUGUGUAACUUGUGUGAGACUUUUAAUCAAAAGUUGAAAUCUCCAGAUCUCUGGAUUAUCAUUUGUUAUUAGCAGAAUUGUAUUUGGGGGUAUAGGAAGUUCUUACAUGUAUGUGACACUUAUUUAGAAACUUUAAUUUUCAAUUUAAUAAGUGACAUGUAUUGUUUUUUUGUUUGCUUAGCUGACAGAGAGGUACAGAGAAUUUUGCUUGAGUUGCUAAAUCAGAUGGAUGGCUUUGAUCAGAAUGUUAACGUUAAGGUACAGUACAGAUAACAACAUUUAUUUCCAUAGAUGGUAACCUCCAUUGCAUUAGAUCUUUCUACUCAGGUUUAACAAAGUUUACUGCUAACAUAAUGAACCCCAAUAAAAUACAAGGUUCAACAAAUCCCAGUUUGGUUAAGUCAGAAGCCAAACAUAAUGCACAAGUUAACAGUAAAUAUCACCUUCCUCUUGGAAGGUGGUCAUAUUGUGUUACUUUUACACAGGGUUCUUAUUACAUGUAAGUUUUUAAGUAGACAGGCUGCUAGGAUGUAAAAGUAGGCGGCUUGCCAGUUGAGUUUUGUAGGCAAUUUCAGGCUUUCACUCUCUUACUUUACCCUAUUUCUCCAAAAGGUAGAUGGCUCAAACCUCCAAGUAGCCGGUUUUUUAGCUGGCUGCCCGCACUUAAUGAGAACCCCGUCUACAGAGUGCCAUUUAAUCAAGUAAAAAGUAGCAAUAAUUCUUCCAGUUUAUCCGACAGAAACUUGUUUCAGUAUUGCUGUAUAUUAUUUUUAACUAAUUGUUAUUAACUAUCAGGUCAUCAUGGCAACAAAUCGUCAUGACACUCUUGAUCCUGCCCUUCUUCGGCCUGGGCGCCUGGAUCGCAAGAUUGAGUUUCCCAUGCCUGACAGAAGACAAAAGCGCCUUAUCUUCUCUACAAUCACAGCAAAAAUGAACCUGUCAGAGGAAGUGGACCUGGAGGACUGUAUCCUUUCCAUUUUCGAUAGAAUACAGCAGAGUCUUUAUUCUGUUCUGUCAUCAUUGGGUAAAACUUUGCUCAGCAGCUCUUUCAAUAGAGCAUGCUUUCAUGAUGUGAAAGCAGGAAGUCCUGGAAAAAUUUUUUUGGCAUACUAAUUUUCCUUGAGGUGAAGACAAGAUACAUGUAAUAGAGAUGUGGUAAACACAGCAACAAAAUCAUAGUUUUUUUUCUGAUUAACUUUCAUGUUCAUGUACAGUCGAACCCCGCUAUUUCAAACUCGGUUAAUUCGAAGUCUCACUAUUUUGAAGGAAGAUCGAAUUCCCUUGGAUUUACCCUUAUGUUUUCAGUCAUUUACUGUCAGCUAUUUUGAACUCGGUUAUUUCAAAUUCCCUGCUAUUUCGAACUCAUCGUUUGUUCCCUACACCUUAAAUCAACCCCAGUAUUUCGAACUUGUCAAAAACAGAUUACGUAUAUAAGAGCACAGCUGGAAACAUAUUGCAUUUUAUUUGAGCUCGUGUUGCGUAAUCAUUGACUUAACAAUACUUGACUCACGUGUAGUGUCCCGUUAAGAAAUUCCAGCUGUGUUAUUCAAUUACAAAAGUAAAUGCAAUGUUAGUGAACUGUUCUUUCUGCUGAAAUACUCAUGUUUGAACUCUGAAUUACUGUAUUUUUAUUCAAUCAGUGUCUUUCUUCGUACUGUACUGUAUUUUAUUAAAAAAUGAUUCAUUGUUACGAAUUUUACGCUUCCCAGUUAUUUCGAAACCCUGCUUUUUCGAACUUUUUUUCCACUCCCUUGGGACUUCGAAAUAGCGGGGUUCAACUGUAUAUUAAUAUUUAAAGUCUUAAAGGGUGGGUGUAAAAGGUGCUGUAAGUUUUGAGUGAAAACGUCUUGCAAAGAUUUCAAGAAAGAUAAUUUUCUAGCCUUACAUAGCCUUCUAGCACAGACUUGUACCUCUUUGCCACUUUUAAAAAAGUAAUAUAUAAAAUGUGGCAACUGUGGAAGACAUGUUGUGCUUGCCACGGGAAGCCUAUUUUUUGAAAAUGCUGAUGUUGUAUAGUCAAGUGCAGCAGACAAAAAAAAAUAUCCUUAACUCAUUUGAUAACAGAUGUUGCAAGACCAGACAAAAUCAGUGGUGCUGACAUUAAUGCCAUUUGUCAAGAGGUAAAUAUUUAGAGCAGCACUUUGUUUGAGAAAUGUCUUUUUUUGAAUAAGAAAUGAGCACACAAAGCUGUUUCCACUUAGAAUGUAGGUUAUGUGAGGUUUUACUCAUUGUGCCUUCUUAACUUUGCUCCUACAUGUUGUAGUUGACAAUGUUCUGAUCUUUGUUAAUUUGCCUUGAAGAUGAGUAACAUUCCUUUCUGCCUUGUUUUGUUUUUAGGCUGGAAUGCAAGCUGUCAGGGAAAAUCGAUAUGUGAUUCUGGCUAAAGAUUUUGAGAAAGGGUACAAAAACAAUGUCAAGAAAGAUGAACAAGAGCACGAGUUUUAUAAGUAG